GUCACCGGUAGCAGCUCCACCCUAAGGUCAAACACACGAUGGCAGCACCAAAGAAAAUCUGUGUGAUCGGCUCUGGUAACUGGGGCUCUGCCAUUGCCAAGAUUGUGGGCGCCAACGCAGCCAAGUACGACCAGUUUGACACCACUGUGAACAUGUGGGUGUUUGAAGAGAUGAUUAACGGCCGCAAACUCACAGAUAUCAUCAACACGGACCAUGAAAAUGUGAAAUAUCUGCCCGGACACAAGCUGCCCCCCAACGUGUUGGCUGUUCCAGACUUGGCUGAGUCCGUGAAAGGAGCCGACAUCCUGAUCUUUGUGGUCCCACAUCAGUUCAUUGUUAGAGUUUGUGACACCAUUAAAGACCACAUCAAGACGGAUGUUGUAGGAAUGUCUCUUAUCAAGGGUGUGGAUGCAGGUCCUGAGGGCUUGAAGCUGAUCUCGGAGGUCAUCAAAGGGAAGCUGGGUAUUGACACGACAGUCCUCAUGGGAGCAAACAUCGCCAACGAGGUCGCUGAAGAGAAGUUCUGUGAAACGACCAUUGGGUGCAAAGACAAAGUUCACGGGCCCAUCCUGAAGAAGCUGAUGCAGACCACCAACUUCCGUGUGACUGUGGUCGAGGAGUCUGAUGUUGUGGAGAUCUGCGGGGCACUCAAGAACAUUGUAGCAGUCGGAGCCGGUUUCUGUGACGGCCUGGGAUUUGGCGACAACACAAAGGCAGCAGUGAUCCGUCUCGGCCUGAUGGAGAUGAUCGCCUUCGCCAAGGUCUUCUGCACGGACUGCCCCGUCUCCCCCGCCACCUUCCUGGAGAGCUGCGGCAUCGCUGACCUCAUCACAACCUGCUACGGGGGACGCAACCGCAAGAUCGGAGAAGCUUUCGCCAAAACAGGCAAAACCAUCGAGCAGUUGGAAAAUGAAAUGCUAAACGGACAGAAGCUUCAAGGUCCGGCAACUGCAUCUGAAGUCCACGUAAUCUUGAAGCAGAAAAACAUGUUGGAGAAAUUCCCUCUUUUCACUGCUGUGUAUGAGAUCUGCUUCAACAGUCACCCCGUUACAGAGUUCAUCAACUGUUUGCAGAACCACCCAGAGCACAUGUGAAGGACUGACAAAAGGACCGACGAAUGCCAGAAGUUGGGAAAGGACUUUUACACUACUGUAUUACACUUGUGACUGCGGGGGGGGG